CUCCAAGGUUUUAGCAUCUGGCUACAAGAGCCAAAACAUAUAGAGCACAAGCGGCGUAGGGCCAGAACCGAACUCCGGUCACUCCAAAUAGGAGGGCCAGACGUCAUUCGGUGGUGAUUUGCUCAGCUGAUGGGAUGCUGUGCCAGUGACGCGGCAAAUGCUGCGCCUGAAGAGCACUUCUUCAGCCAAUACAAGCUUGGAAAAAAGCUUGGCGAAGGAGCUUUUGGCCAGGUUCGCUUAGUCAUUGAGAGGCAAUCGCAGCAGGAGCUCGCGGUCAAAAUUGUUGAUGUGCGAGAGCGCGAUGAACACGGUGUUUGCAACGGACAAGUUAGCAAAAGCCGUGACCGAGUCACCCGUACAGAAGUGGACCUUUGGACAAAAGCCAGUAGCUCCAACUGCUCGUACAUUGUCAAGCUGCACAGGAGCUUUGCAGAAAAAUCGCUGUACUACAUGGUUUGCGAGAAGUGCCAAUGCUCCUUCAUGGACAGAUUAGUUGAAGCUGAGACCAUGUCGGAGGUGGACUUGGCAAAGAUCUUUCGGCACAUGCUGCUGGGUGUGUCUCACACCCACGGUGUGGGCAUCGUGCACAGGGAUAUCAAGCCAGAUAAUUUUCUCUGGGGUGGCCCUGGCAACAAAACGUUGAAACUCUGCGACUAUGGUCUUGCUGUAAUGAUGCCACAGAAGGGGAAGCUGCACGGAGUGUUCGGUACAGCUCCUUACAUGGCCCCAGAGAUGUUGCGGAAUGAGGGCUAUGACUACCUUGCAGAUGUUUGGUCCAUCGGUUCGGUAGCAUAUCUGCUGGUCUUUGGGAGUUUUCCCUACUCUCCUGGAGAGGCAAACGCACCGGCGAUGAAGAAAGCCAUCAUUGAGGACAAUCCACCCUUGAAGUUUCCAUCACUAAGUGAUGCUCAGGGUGUGGUGUCCGGCUCUUUGACCGGUGCUUUAGACUUCACCAAGACGCUCCUGAAACGGACAGCCAAAGAACGGCCAACUGCAGCAGAGGCGCUCCAACAUGAGUUUGUUGCAGAGAAGGAGAAACCGAAGCCUGCCGAGCCAGUUGAUACUGAGCCAAUGCUUCGCAAGAAUGCUCACAGAGCCAAAAAGCUCACACAGCAAUUGCAACAGAAGCGCAAUUCCACUGUGCAGCACGGCAUCGACGACUUGUUGAAAAAACUCAUCACCAAGUUCGGAGGAGAUAUCAGCGGGUCUAAUAUCUUCUUCUCGGAGGGCGAUGAGAAGCUGACCCUCAACAACGAAGACGAGGAAGAUGCCAAGAAGUGGGAGCCUCGAAUGAAAAGGAGAAGCUCCAGACGCGACGUGAAGCAUUCGACGCACUCCGGCGUCAUAGAUGACAGUGGUCAAUUCAAGUUUGAUAUGAGUCCAGUCAGCAGUGUGACUGGGGCACGAACGGGGAAGAGUUUGCCUGGUGAUGUCCAUGGCCUCUCGAACCAGGUUUAGAAAAGGCUCACUGGAUUCUGGACAACUGUCGAAGGACAUGAGGAUGUCCCUGAUCAGGUGAGACCUCAUCGGAAAAAAGAUCAAGCCUCCGCAGGCAACCAUCGCUAGAGAAAUGAUGCUGAGACUUUA